AUGCCCAGAGCCACUGACCAAGGCAGCUCAUCUACUUCACUUCCGCAUAACCUGUCAAGCGAAGGCUCCGCCUCGACCAGCAGGAACACAGGAGGACAAGGAAGCAGCUCAAAUCUCAUCGACCUCACUCUGCCACGGCCGUCGCGCAUUGUCCAUCCACCAACACUCCCCAGCCAGAGCAUAGAGAUCAUCGACCUCAGUAGUGACGAUGACGACCUAGGCAGCUUCAACAGCAGUCGGUAUACUAGCAGCAACUACACCCAUUACCACAACAGCUACGGUAGCGAUGACGAGGUCAUGUUUGUGAGGGAGACCCCAGGAACAACGGCGACGCCAGUGCCUGCAGCAACAACAGGGAGCAGUAGUAGCCGUCACGCCAGUGCUGGCAUUGGUGGAAGUGGAUUCGACAGGAGGCAAACGGAAGCGUCGUCAUCGUCAUCAUCAAGUUAUCCAGAGACACUCCUUCAUGCAUACCAUCAGGGACGACACCCUUUAUUCCGUCUCUCUCAGGAAAUUCCAGUACCGACACGGAGCAGUGAGCAGCGCCCCCCAGGCUACGACGACCGGUCCAGACGACGUCGCUCGCCUCCUAUCAUGCUUCAUCCGUAUGCUCCAGCACACGUACGGACGACCCACCCUUCGUCUUCGACGGCCACAGCGUCAGCAUCAGGACCAGGAUCAGGAGCUCCUCACUCGCAAGAGUCAACUUCGCUGAGAGCAUUUGUGUCGGCCAUGAGAACUCCUACUCCUCCUCCAAGACGUCGUUCGAACAUGGCCGCCACUCUUGCACCGGGCGAGCGUGCGCUGAUGCACGCCUUCACUAGAUUUUUCCAGAGAGAGAAUUCUCUACAGGCUCGUGAAGGAGUGUUCAGGCGAGAAGCGCAAGAAAUCCGCACCUUCAUUCACAGACACCACCAUUACUGGGGAGACGAUGCUGGUUGGGACAUUCCGUACAGAGAGCGGUCGCCGUCGGUAUUUGGGGAACUGCUGGAACAUCUUGGUACUCUUGACGGUGCUCCAUUAGCGGCUACUGAGGCUGAAGUUGAAUGGGAGCGGAACGAGAUCGAGACCAAGCCGGUGGUGACGCGUCCCGGAUUCACCAAGGUCAUCAACCUCGAGACGAUGAUUACGUGUCCCUUGUGCACCAAGGAGUUUGGCCACGACGGAGACCAGAGGCCGACGCUUUGGGUGAUUGUCGGAUGUGGACAUGUCGUUUGCGGGACCUGUGCGAAGGAAAUCUUCAUCUCGAGGAAGAUCAUCCGAGGAAAUGUCACCAAGGGACGGAGACAGUCUUUAUCGCGGAAACCCAAGGGCAAAGGAAAGGCGAAGUGGUCACCGGGACCAACCGACAUGGAAACAGGGGACGAGAGUCUUGCCACCUCGGACGGACACGCACCUACCUCACCGACAUUGACAACAACCGCAACAGCAGCAGCAGAAACGACAGACUCCAACAUCAAGGUGACCAAGAGGGUUAUGGGAAGCUGCCCCGGAUGCCAACGCAAGAUCAAGAACACUUCUUUGCAACAACUCUACCUGUAA